AAGGGGAGCGGCGGCCGCAGCCCGAGCGCUCACCCCCGGCCCCUGGAGCCCGCUGCCCUCGGCGGCCGCGCAGGACUCGAGGUUGUUGCAUAGACAGUUGGAACAAUGUUCUACGCUCACUUUGUCCUGAGCAAGCGAGGGCCGCUAGCCAAGAUCUGGCUGGCGGCCCAUUGGGAUAAGAAGCUAACCAAAGCCCAUGUAUUCGAAUGCAAUUUGGAAAGCAGUGUGGAGAGCAUCAUCUCGCCUAAGGUGAAGAUGGCUCUUCGAACUUCAGGACAUCUUUUACUGGGUGUUGUUAGAAUCUACCACAGGAAAGCUAAAUACCUCCUUGCAGACUGUAAUGAAGCAUUCAUAAAGAUCAAGAUGGCUUUCCGUCCAGGUGUAGUUGAUCUGCCUGAGGAAAAUAGAGAAGCUGCUUACAAUGCUAUCACCUUACCUGAAGAAUUUCAUGAUUUUGACCAACCCUUGCCAGAUUUAGACGAUAUUGAUGUGGCUCAGCAAUUCAGUUUGAACCAAAGCAGAGUGGAAGAAAUUACAAUGCGAGAAGAAGUGGGCAACAUCAGUAUCCUUCAGGAUAAUGACUUUGGUGACUUUGGAAUGGAUGACCGUGAGAUGAUGCGAGAAGACAGUGCGUUUCCGGAUGACAUGCUGGAUAGUACUAGUGCUUCCAACCUUCUACUGGAGCCUGAGCAGAGCACCAGUCAUCUUAAUGAGAAAGCUAAUCACUUGGAAUAUGAAGAUCAGUACAAGGAUGACAACUUUGGAGAGGGAAAUGAUGGUGGAAUCCUAGACGACAAACUUCUCAGCAACAAUGAAGGAGGCAUAUUUGAUGACCCGCCUGCCCUUUCAGAAGGGGGAGUAAUGAUGCCUGAGCAACCUCCCCAUGAUGACAUGGAUGAUGAUGAUAAUGUCUCAAUGGGUGGGCCUGAUAGCCCAGACUCAGUAGAUCCAGUUGAACCAUUGCCAACGAUGACUGAUCAGACAACACUGGUUCCAAAUGAAGAAGAAGCAUUUGCCUUAGAGCCUAUUGAUAUAACUGUUAAGGAAACCAAGGCAAAGAGGAAGAGGAAGCUGAUUGUAGACAGUGUGAAAGAACUGGACAGCAAGACUAUCAGAGCUCAACUAAGUGAUUACUCUGAUAUUGUCACUACACUGGAUUUGGCACCACCUACUAAGAAGUUAAUGAUGUGGAAAGAGACUGGGGGUGUUGAAAAACUUUUCUCUCUUCCUGCUCAGCCUCUGUGGAAUAAUAGACUGUUGAAGCUUUUCACUCGCUGUCUUACACCUCUUGUACCAGAAGACCUUAGAAAGAGGAGGAAAGGUGGGGAAGCUGAUAAUCUGGAUGAGUUCCUUAAAGACUUUGAGAAUCCUGAAGUGCCCAGAGAGGAACAGCAGCGCAACGUUAUUGAUGAACCUAUUUUGGAGGAGCCAAGUCGCCUUCAGGAAUCCAUUAUGGAAGGCAGCAGGACCAACUUGGAUGAAUCGGUCAUGCCACCACCUCCACCCCAGACAGGGGUAAAGCGAAAGGCUGCACAAGUGGAACCAGAACCUGUGCUACCUACUCAACCAUUACAACAAAUAGAGAUGCCACCUGUGGAAUUGCCUCCAGAAGAGCCUCAAAAUAUCUGCCAGCUAAUUCCAGAACUGGAGCUUCUACCCGAGAAAGAGAAGGAAAAAGAAAAGGAAAAGGAGGAAGAAGAGGAGGAAGAGGAGGAAGAUGGUACGGGAGGUGACCAGGAUCAGGAAGAAAGACGAUGGAACAAGAGAACUCAACAGAUGCUUCAUGGUCUUCAGAGAGCUCUUGCCAAGACUGGAGCAGAAUCCAUCAGUUUGCUUGAGUUAUGUAGGAAUACAAACCGCAAGCAAGCAGCAGCAAAAUUCUACAGUUUCUUGGUACUUAAAAAGCAGCAAGCUAUAGAGCUGACCCAGGAAGAGCCGUACAGUGACAUCAUUGCAACUCCUGGUCCCAGAUUCCAUAUUAUUUGAAUGUGUGGCUUACUGUAUAGUUAGCAUCAUUAGCGCUUACACAUUGUUCCAUGUGUAGGGCCCACAACAGAAGAAAUCUAGAUUUCAUUGUCUGUACAGUCAUUGACUUUUGUGUUUCGGGGUUUUUCUAUUACAUUUUACCACUUUCGCAUUUCUAGUAACUCUUUGGCGCUGGGUGACUUGUGUUCCGGUUGCAGAGAUUGCAGAAAGUGACUCAAGGACCUUAUAAAGAGUGUUUUUUAAAAACAAACAAUUUGGACAGAUGUGUGCAAUAUUGUUGCAUGUAACUAUGACUAAUACAUUGUUUUACAGUUAUUUGCUUAGUAAAUUAGAAUGCUAUUUAACCAACUCCAGAAGACCCAAAAACGGCCAACCCAUUGGCCUGUUCAGAAGACACCUUAAACCACAGCUUUAACCACAGUGACUAAGGCAAAAAGCCUUACUCAGCAUGGUUAAAGCCAUAGUUUUAGGUGUCUUCGGAAGAUGGCCCGGCUUUCUGGCUUAACCACCAUGGUUAAAGCCGUGGAUUAAGGCGUCUUCUAAACGGGGCCAUUGUCUCGUUAAGUUUUUUUUGCCAAACUUGUCUAAAAUGUGCUCUCUCCCCUUCAGAAUUCUUCCUGCCCCAGACUUCUGUCAGUGUUUAUCACCUUUCUGCUUCCGAUGGUGCUCUUGGAGCUGCCAAUAUGAAUGUUAGUGCCUGGCAGGGGUCCUUGCUGUGCCAUGGUAUCUCUGUAAUAGGGUUUAAGCAGCUCACUGGGAUUAAAUGUAAAAGGAUGUCUUUUGGAAAAUACUGUUUUUUAUCAAAACUUGUUUUAAGUGCAAGAGACAAAUUCUGGUGUUGGAUAGUACAUACUCCUCCUCAAGGCAGUCCACUUCGGAUGAAAGGGUGGUUGUGAGGUGAGGAUAGUUCUGCUAUUAAGCACCAACUACAACUAAGUUUUUUUUCCUCCCUCUUUGGAUUUAAACCUCUUGAUCAUUUAUAUUUUCAGUGCUUUGUAGAAAUAUUGUUCCUCUAGAUUGCAAGCAAUUUUUUGGGGUAAGUUGGUAGCUGGAUGGCUCUUGGGAGAUUGAGCAAGUUACAUUUGUAAAAUAAAUAACUUAAUGCGAGACACCACUGGCCCUGAAAGGACAGCAAGCUCCAGAUGUAUAUUUUAGAGGCAGGUAAACUUGCAUUUAUCGAACAUAAUCUUGUUGUGUAAUAAGUGUUAAUAGACUACCAGUGACCUUUACAGCUUUUGUAACAGUGUAUUUUCCAAUAAAGCACACUCAUGGAUCACUGAAUAGCUUUGCAAAUGACCUCCAAUUUGGUUUACUAUUUUUUAAAAAUAUAAAGGCUUUAUUAGGACCAUCCAUACCAGAAAUCAUGUGAACUUGCGUUGAUGGGAUAUGUCAACAUUUCUUAGGUAAAAUGACUAAAGAUUGAUUUUAAACGUUGGCACUUUUGUGAAAUGAUUCUCUUCUGGGAUUGAGAUUUCAGUGCAUACCCAAGUGUAAAAUUAUGUGAAUGUUUUUAAAAAAAUUGCAACAUGUUUUAAUAAUCCUUGAGAAAGUUAAUUGUAUAAAAUAGUUACUGCAGCUUUAUUUUUGACAUGUGCCUGUACAACCAUGAUUCCCCUCUUUGUACAAAGAAACAUUGUAGAUAACUUGAAUGUUUAAUUGUAGAGGUCAUUAGUUCCUUGUUAAAGUUUGUUAGUCUGUUUCUGUUGCCUUUCAAGGUUAAUAUUCUUGAAAAUAGUUGCUGUUAUGUAUAACUUUUCUAAUAAAAGUUGUGUUAUAAGCCAUUGCA